UUAGGAAAAAAAAUGGCCCGUUUCCUGGACAACAAAACAACAGCCAAAAGAAGGAAUGCAACUAGCUUAACUUCGGAAAGUUCACAGCAAGUUCACAGAUAAAACUCGUCUUAAUUACGGGUUUUCGUGUAGUCAAGUGGAAAAGAAGUUAGGAGACCUGGGACAUAGAAAAAAAACCAAACUGCAAACAUGAGUAACUGGGUGACGAGGCACCACCAUAUCCUGCAUCUGGAAAAUGUCAGGAGAGAAGAGAUCAAGCGACUAUACCAGGAAAAGGGGAUGAAGGCCAGGAUGGAUGUGGAGGAGACCAUCGACAUGAGGAGGCAAAUGCGGCAAAAGCGACAGGAGCUCAUGGAGCGGCAGAUAGAGGACGGUCUAAUCAAGGCCGAGGAGGACAGAAUAAACAGGGAAAAACAGCGGGAACAGGACGAGAGAAUAUCUAAAGAGUUGGCCCGCAUCGCCCACGAGAAGCAAAAAGAUGAGAAAAUGAGGCAGCAGGUUAGAGCAAACAGCCUGGAGAUCAGGGAGUUGGAGUCCAAGCUGCUGGCUGCGUAUGUGAGCAAGGAAAGAAGUGCUCAGCUGGCAGAGCGGGAAGCGAUGAGGCGUCAGAAUGCUCUGGUUGAGGCAGAGUUGGCUGACACAAUGAAGAGAGAACGUGACGAAGCAGCCGCUGAGCUCCUGAAGCAGGAGGAGAAACACCACCAGGAGAUGGCUCAGCACAAGAAAGAGCUGGAUGCGCAGGUCAUGGAGAGGGAGAUCAAGAGACAGGAGGCCUACGAGCGGUUCCUCAAGGAGAAGCUCAUGGUGGACGAGAUCAUCAGGAAAAUAUACGAAGAGGAGCAGAGGGAGAGGCAGCUAAAGAUGGAGAAGGUCCAAGCCACCAUGCAGCAAAUUGAGGAGUUCAAACGGGAGCAGGCAAAGUGGAAGCUCCUGGAGAAGCAGAAGAUCGAGGCGGAAAACAGACGCAUCAUGGAGUUUGCAAAGCAGCAGCAGGAUGCGGAAGAGUCCAGAAAGACUCAGAUGAAAGAACGGGAAGAAGCAAAGCAACAGAUCCAGAAAAUGCUGUGUGAGAAGAUGGAAAAGGACCAGAAGCAGCGCGAGGACCUCGAAAGCAUCCGCCAGGAGUUAUACUUGGAGCAACAAGAGGAGGCAGAGAGAAAGAAAGACAUUGAAGAGAUGGAGAAGAGGAUCAGGCAGAAGCUGAUGAUGCAGCAGACCAUACAGGAGCACAGGGCCUUGAGAGAGAUGCAGAAGCAGCGUCAGAAACAGGAGGACCAGGCCUUCAGGGAAGCCAUGAUGGCCAAGUUCGCAGAGGACGAUCGGAUCGAGCAGAUGAACGCCCGGAAGCGGCGCAUGAAGCAGGUGGAGCACAGACACGAGGUGGAGAGGCUGAUAGAGGAGAAACGACAACAGCGGGAGGCUGAAGAGGAACUGGAAGCUAGAGCCAGAGCAGCUGAGCAGCAAGAAGAGGCGGCGAUUAAACGGAUCAUAGAAGAAGAAAGACUGAAGCUCCUGAAGCAACAUGCACUACAACUCAUCGGAAACUUCCCCAAGGACUUUCUCCGUAAAGAUGACCUCGAACACUUCGACGAAGACUUCAGGAAGAAUUUUGAAACUCGUCAGACUGAAGAACCCUUGAUGACAGACUGAGGAGUUUCUCCUUCGCUUGCCCACCAGGGGGCGGUUUGAGAUUGCUGUGAAUGUGUUAGAUUGUUUUUUUUUUUUAUUUCUCUGCACAAAACACAAAAUGUUUGUUCAAAUUGUUUAGAAGCUUACUUAUUAAAAUGUGCUUGCAGAAUUGUC